AUAGCGUUAAGUCUUCAUGCCCACCAACAUAAUACAGUAAAACAACACAAUAAUGUGCGACAGGCUGAAGCAUUCGUAGAUAAUAAUAUGGGUGUUUAGGACGGUUGAUAUGUGAACCCACAUUCGUAAUUCUCGUGACUCUUAACGGAUUACUUAAUGUUGUCUAGAUUAGAUAUGUGAAGUGAGGUACUUCAGUUUGAUACCGGCGAGUGAUGUCGAUGAAUUUUGAUAUUUAUUGUAAUUCCAAGUUAAGUGACCGAAGCAAGGAGAUGACUGCCACUGCCAGCUGACAGACGUCAUUAAUACUGUCAGUCAUCAAUCAUUAGACCGUUAUCAAUGGUUCUGAGACGAAUGAAAGUCUCUAUGGAACCCAUGUUGACACCUUAGCAGAUGAAUAUGUCCAUGGAAUAAUGAAUCAUCGGUCUCAAAUAAAAGAAAAGGAAACAACGUUGUGUAUUUCUAGUUUUCAUGAAACUAAUUUAGGUUAAAUAUCAAUAUUUUCAAACUACACUAAACUAUCACCAACAAUAGAUUAACGUUUCCGAGCUAGGAAACCAGAGUGCUGCCAAGUGUGACUGCAAACUAUCGUUCUCUCUGCCCCGGAUGUGCACAGUGCCAGGACAUGGCUUCACUUGCCCCGGCCAAUUAACUGCGGACAUUGUUAGUAACUGUAAAAUCUCUGUUUAAACGAAACAAGAUUUAGUUGAAGACGACGCACGUUGGAAUAUGGAUAUGUCAGCGUUCUGGGUCUUCUGGUUGGUCUAUGUGAGCCGUCUUGUAACAGGGUACUCGGAAAUAGUCGAGAGCGUGAAAGAGGGGAUUGCCAUACGUGUUGAUGGGGGUCACACGGAGGUUCGAGAAUAUACAAACUUUACUUUGAUAUGUGAAACAACGACAGACAUUGGCAGGAUAAAAUGGUUCAAGAAUGGUAAACGGAUGGCUGUGUCUCUCAGGCGUAAACCCAAUGCCUGUUCUUUAAUACGGUCUUCUAGGAAGAGGGGAGAAUAUGCGACUAAGUGCAAGGGUAAGCAGCUCUUGCUUGUACUGGAAGAAGUUACUAGUCUCGACAGUGGCAGGUGGGUCUGCGAAGAUCCUAAUGUCGAUAUGAAGAGCAACGAGGUUGAAGUUAAAGUUGUUCCAGAUGUGACUGAAUCUCCACGUUCAAAUCUGCCGGAGUCCGUCAGUCUCUCGGGCAACGUGGUGAAGAUUGUGUACGGGGUGGAUCCAGUGUUGCUUACCUGUAAAUGUCAGUGUGACGACAUGUACGUGUUUGCCUGGGACUACGGUAACGUGACGGCGAACGUGAGCGCGGUGAAGAAAACCCCUGGUACGUGUCUCCAGCAGCUUACAGCGUGGGUCUCCUGGAGAGAUGACGGCAGUAACAUCAAAUGCGUCGUCACCAACCCGAAGACAGGGCAGACAGCAUCAGCAAACAUCACGCUGGACCUUCAGUACAUGCCACAGAACCCUGUUAUAUCCAUCUCGCCCCAUGACAAUAUCAUUGAAGGUCAGGAGGUCAAUAUUUCCUGCCAGCCUCACCCUGAAGGAAAACCUCGGGGAAAGACAACGGUUGUAGUAAGACCAGGCAAUGACAAGACUCACACGAGAGAAUCUUACGUAACGUUCCAGGUCUCACGAGAUGAUGACGGUGCCGAAAUUAAUUGCUAUGCAUUGAAUAAAUAUACGCGUGGUAACAGCUCUGCCUAUUCGGACAAGGACUUUUUGAGAGUGUUAUACCACCCAAAGUUGACAGUCAUAUCAAACGUAUCGAUAUCCGAAGAUGGCAAUCAAUCUGUGGUAUUCACGUGCACAGCAAGUGGUAACCCUGAUAGCACGACAUUCUUGCCCUGGACGCACAUGUAUGGCACCACGGUUGUCCGAGAACUUGCAGGAACCAAUAACUCCACCCACUCUACACUGAGAAUGUCAUCACUACGCUAUCAAGACAUGGGAAUAUAUAUAUGUAAUGGAACCAAUGGCAUCGGCAGGAAUGGUUCGAUGUACAGCUUCCAUUGGACAAAGCUGGACGUACACGGACUUCCGUUUUUCCCCGAUCACACCGAUGAAAUGACCGUGGUGAACACGCUACAGAACACAAGCUUCACCUUGACCUACAGAUAUGUGUCUGACCCGGGAUCUAACGUCACGUGGUUUGCUAAGGGGGAACAACUCAGCCCUAAUGAGACUGGUCCGUUUGUUGGAACAUCCCCUGAGAGAAUCCGCGUUGAUAUGUAUGGUAAAAGUAUACGUUUGUAUGGACACGAGGAGAGACUAUUAUUUCCAACUGUGACGGCCGAUGACGACGGAGAGUACUUCAUCCGUGUAUGCAACGAGUAUGGCUGUCGCAAUUCAAAUGUUAUUCAGCUCAAAGCAACAGACACCCAGAAAACAGGAGUCAUACUUGAUGGACAGGAAGAAUCCCCAGUCAAUAUGGCUUUAAUAAUUGGUAUAUCGGCCGGGUCCGCCAUCUUAUUUAUUGUCCUUGUCCUGGUUAUACUAUUGCUGCUUCAACGACGGAAGUGUGGAUCUCAUGACACCACAGGUGAUAGAGCUCUUCACAACACAAACGGGUUAUCCACCACGAAGGGAAAUGCAGCCUACGACCGAGAAAGUUUAGGUACUACUGAGAAGGAACGCAAUGGCAAUGGUUCGGAGAAGGACUCCAUCUUGGUGAUCAUAAAGAGCAGUCUGUACGGGAAGUCUCUGGUGGCAGACCAAUCUGAGGGACACGAUGCCAAGUCAGAGCCUAGUGCCUCUGAUGCAGUCUGCUCUGGGGUGUACAUGGAGGUGCAGCAUCCAGACCAGGAUGGGAACACAGAGGCUGAGGCUGAUGUUGAGGCUGAAGCUGAACAUCGGGAGGAAACUCAGGAGGAAGCAGAUGCUGAAACCGAGAAAAUCGUCACCGAAAUAUACUCUCAAGUGCAAAAGCCCCGCUCAUCCCACAAAGGCUCAACAGUCAGCGACGAGGUUCCGAGUGGGGUCAUUGAUGACCAUCCCACAGAGGAUGCCUUCCGAGAUGUCGAUUUAGAAACUAAAGAAGAAAGUCCAGGGGAUGCUGAGGCAGACGUUGUGUAAUUGAAAGAACAAUAUUAGGGUAAACCCGUGAUUGCCACGAAGGAAACUACACAUACUAUAAAACAGCAAAUAUUGUAAGAUGAUGCCUCAAAACCCUGUGGGUGGUUGGGUAGCCUACUCGUCAAAGCCGUUAAUUCGUCACGUCGAAAACCCGAUUUCGAUUCCCCACAUGGAUACAGUGUGUGAAGACCAUUUCUGGUGUCCCCGUCGUGAUGUUGCUUGAAUAUUGCUAAAACGGCGUAAAACCAUACUCACUUAAAACCCUUGAAAUGGGUCUGCCUUCCUAUUAAUAUUUUGUAUCGUGAACUGCCUUUUCGAACGUUGUAGUAGUCUUCAAUGUGUCUUACUUUUCACCCGUUGGUCAUUGGUAAGCAGCUGGGAGGCAAUGCAACAUAUGCUUGAAUUACUAUUUGUCAUCUUAUUUUUACAUUCAGUAUUCCUCGAUUUCUUAGGGCUUCGUUGUGUCCUUGGACGUUUACAUUUUAGGUCCAGUCAAUCAAACAAUAAACACUUCAUCAAUUUUACGUUCCGGUGAAUUACCAUGUAAAUAGGGACACAAGCAUGUCUGUAAAAACGAACUAAUGAUUUACAGGUCCCAUUAAUAAUAUAAAGGAUCAGUAUUGAUUCUGCAACCUGUCAUGGUUAUAUCUGUGUAUGUAUGUAUGGCUUGGUAUUGCUGACGAACCAUUCAAAUUAACAACGACUGUCACCAGAAGUAGAUUUGUUACUUGUUAAUUUAUGACAUGACCACACAGGUGACAAACUGAGUUGGGUGUCGCUGCAACCCUGUAUCUAUGACUUGUAUAUACUGUCGCAGUUUGUCUAUGAUGCAUAUGAACUUUGAAUAAAUCCACUGUGUGAGUUUGUUCUCGAAGAGGAGUUUCAUGAAUACAGACCCCCUCAGAAAAAGAAGUUUCACUUCAUACAUAAAUAACCAUGAGUUCGUGUACAGUGUAACCAUCUGACAUUUGCAUGUGCGUAUAUUGCCAAGCACGUGUUUUCUUUUAUCCUUCACAUGUCCAUUUCCUUUUAUUAAUUCAUCCUGCAAUUGUCUGUCAGCAAUGUACUCAUAUACUGCUUCAUUGCUUAAUAAACGCUGUUUGCAAAUA